AUGGUCGAACACACACUCCAAUUUCCACAAUCCAUACAGGAUCUUGUCGAGGUUAGCCAUCUUCAAUUUGUAAAUUUUGAUCGGAGGGUAGUUUCUACGAGGAGUAUGGAUGCAGUGGUGAUCAAUGAUGAUCAUUUUGGUGAUGAACCCGAUGAUUAUCACUAUUUAUUGUCUUCUCACUAUGAUGGAACUAUUUGUUGUUUUAAAAUUGGUGGAGCAACCAAGGGUACUAAAUUACACUCCUCCUUCUUGUUUCAAUUUAAAACAAGUGAGGAGGAAGAUGUUGGAGUGUUGUACUUUGAUGUGGAUAGAUCGAGUGGUGCUGUCUAUAGUGCUAAUACGGAUGGAACUGUUCGUGUUCAUUAUCCUUUCAAAUCGGUACAACAAUUGAUCAAGUCAAAUAUUGUUGAUUGCUCUGAUGAUAUUGCUAGUAAUUCGGGAAGUAAUUUCUUGUAUGAUUUAAAAUCGAGAGAGGAGAGAGCAGUUUAUAUGGAUUUUUUGGGAUCAGAUCAGGCAGAGUAUUGGAAACUUUGUGAUUCGAAUAGCUUACAGCAAAUGGAUGAAACUGAUGAUUCGGAGAGUGUGGAAAAGACCAGUUUUAAAAAGUUUUUAGCUUCAAAGAAAGUACUUGUUGACAAGAGCAAUUUAAUGCAUGUGAAUAAUAGAAUAAUUGGAAGACACAAUGAUGCUGUAAAUCAUGUUUUCUAUAUUGAAGAAAUUGGAUGUGUUGCGAGUGCAUCGUGGGAUGGUUUUCUUAAAUAUUGGGAUAUUAAUGAUGAUAGUUGUCAACCACUGCUACAAUUGGAUUUGAAAGGAACAGUUCAUGCAAUGGAUGUACAUUUUCCUCUUCUUAUCAUUACUACAGCACCAAGAAAUAUUAUCCUCUUUGACUUGACAAUGCCUCAUAUACCUGUCAAGAUUUGGAAAAGUAAUCUGAAAUGUGAAACUCAAAAACAUUGUCUCAAAUUCUUUUCUGACAGAUUUGGGUUUAUUAUAUCAACAAUUGAGGGAAGAGCUGCCAUUCACCAUAUGGACAGCAAGAAUGUGUCCAGUAAUUUCAUUUUCAAAUGUCACAGAACUGCCAACGAUGUGUUUGCACCAAAUUCAAUAGAUUUUAACCCUUUGCAUGGCACAUUUUCUACAACUGGAGCUGAUAAGAAGGCAUACUUUUGGGAUAAGGAUUCCAAGCAAAAAAUCUACACCACUCCUAACACAGCAAGAGAGGUAGGUGUUGGAAAGUUCAGUCAAGAUGGUUCAUUAUUUGCCUACGUUGUUCAAUAUGAUUAUUCUAAAGGAAAAUAUGGCCUUGACAGUACUUCUACUGCUGAGAAGGUCGCCAUUCAUCUUCACAAAAUGCUACCGGCAGAAAUUGAAAAUAGAGGUAAGUUUUUAACUUCAUUCUAA